AUGCUCGAGGUGCCCAAGGAGGUGCGGCAGGAGGCGGAGCGCAAGGCUGUGGUGGACCGGGCGGCGGCCGCCCUGGCGGCGGCGCAGGCGCUGCUGGUGGAGGCGGAGGAGCGCGCGCGCAAGGACCGGCAGGCCUCGCGCGGGCGGCGGCUGGCGGGCUCGGGGGACCAGGGGGCGGCGAGUAGCGUUUGGGGCGGCAAGUCCUUGUCUGUAGUGAAGGAGAAGGGCGGGAAGAAAGGCGGGGAAGGAAAGGGGCCGGCAGGAGGAGCAGCGGCAAUGGCUAAACCAGUGGGUGGUGCUGCUGCAGCAGGAGGACAAGGGGGUCUGUGGAAAGCCAUUCCUAGCCGUGCCAAGAAAACAUCGCCCUCCUCUCCCUCCUCUUCCUCCUCUUCAGCAGCCGUAGCAGCAACAGUAGCCGCCGCACCAGCAGCAAAGCCCGCUCCCUUCGCAUCCUCUUCCUCCUCCUCUGGUUCCGCGAAGCUGCCUUCCUCAGGCGCCUCUUCAAGUGUCUCUUCAGGUGGUUCCAGCAGUCCGGGGCCCAGCUUCUGGGAGUGGGCGCCCCCAUCCGACACCACCCCCUCGCGGAGCGCAGGGGGCGCAGGAGGCGCAGGGGGCGCAGGGGGCGCGGGUCUCCCGCAGCUACAGCCAGCGGCCGCGAAAGCUGCCCGUUCAGCUGCCCAGCGCGCUACAGUGACCAUCGCGGACCCCCAGCCGCAGCUGCUGGAGGCGCUGCUGCUGCCCUUUGAGAGCGCCGUCGCGCCCACCAAACCCGCCAGUGCUGGCGAAGCAGCUACCACUACUGGUGGUGCUGGCGGCAUUGGUGGUGCUGCCGGUGCUGGCGGUGCUGCUGGUGCGGCUGGUGCGGCUGGUUCUGCUGCUUCUGCGGCUGUUGCGUCUGCAGCAGCGCUCGAUCUCGCCUCCGCGUCGCCUUUCCUGGCGUCUGACGUGGGCCUGCCGCCCCUGCAGUCCGCUCUUGAGGCCCAGCGCGGCAUCAAAGAGGCUCUCCAGGCCGUCUUUGCGUCGGACGCUGCCGAACCUGCCACUGCAGGUUUGGAACCUGACGGCGCGACCGUGGCUGCGGACGGGUCGCGGUGGUGGAAGGAGUCGGGCACGGAGGUUCGGGAGGGCGGGGAGGUUUGCGAUUGGACGGUGGUUCGGGGGGUGAGCGCGGAUGGGUCGGUGGAGUGGGAGGAGAAGUGGUGGGAAGCGAGCGAUGAGUUUGAUUUUAAGGAACUUGGAGCGGAGAAAUCGGGCAGGGAUGCGAAUGGGGCGGUGUGGAGGGAAACGUGGAGGGAGGCGACUUGGCAGGACUCGAAGACUGGGUUGAUGCAUAUUGAGAAGACGGCUGAUAAGUGGGGGCAGAAUGGGGAGGGCGGCGAGUGGCAUGAGAAGUGGUGGGAGCAUUAUGACGCGACGGGACGGGCGGAGAAGUGGGCUGACAAGUGGAGCAAGAUUGACAUGUAUACGCCGCUGCAUGAUGGGCAUGCGCACACGUGGCACGAGAGGUGGGGGGAAGAGUACGACGGCAGGGGAGCGGCGUCAAAGUGGUGUGACAAGUGGGCAGAGCGGUUUGAGGGGCACGAUGGGUACGGUAACCAGCUGUGGGCCAAGUGGGGCGACAAGUGGGACGAGAAAUUCAACCGAGACAAGACCGGGUACCGGCAGGGGGAGACCUGGUGGCAGGGGUCGGGAGGGGACGAUGCUCCCCGGUGGAACAAGGUGUGGAGUGAGGGGCAUGAUGGGUCGGGAUGGGUGCAUAAGAAGGGCGGCGCGAGCAGCGGUGAAGGGUGGGAUGUGCGGGAGUGGAUGGACACGUGGUUCGAUGCUUUCCCGCACUUUGGGUUCAAGCAGUGUCUGGAGAAUUCGAGGAGGCUUAUGGAGGUGGGCAGGCGGCAGGGGAAGAAGCAGAAGUAG